UUUCAGCUUCCAGCCUACAGACGCACAUCGCAAGCAGGAUUUUAAACUUUCAGCACCUUAAAAACAACUAGAAACAGAAAUGGCCAAGAUCCUGAUUGGAAUUGUCGCAGCGCUCGCCUGCCUUGUCACUGUUGAGUCCCUGGACUGCAACAGCUGCGGUGUUGGACUUUUGGGGGUUUGCCUGAACUCUGACACUAUAACAUGCAGCAACGACAGCAUUUGCUACACAUCCGAGGCCAAGUUCCCCUCCAUCACGAGCUUCAGUGGCUUCAAUAAACAGGGCUGCACUAUGUCCAGCACCUGCGUCAACAACACUGCCUCCUCCAACGGUACCCUGCCAUUCAUCGGCAUAGAGUACAAUAUCAAGAGCCAGUGCUGCUCUACCGACAAGUGCAACCCAGUGACCCUGAACGGAGCCUCCACCUCCACCCUGAGCCUGUCUGUGCUCAGUGUUGCUGCCUUGGCCGCCGUGUGGGGGAGCUACAUGUAAUGGGCCUGUCUCUCAACUAGACCUGUCACGAUAACUAAAUAACUCAAUUUGAAACUGCGAAAUAUAGACGAUAAAUAAUAUUGAAGCUAUUUUAUACCAUUGAAGUUAUGUAUUCAACAUUCUUCAGCACAAAUUUUAUCAUAGUUCAGAAAAAAAAUUAGCAAAAAAGUUGAUGUAGUAAUUAUUGUGACAGGCUUACUCUCUAUGCACAGUGAUAUCUGACCGAUGCUGCUCUUUAAUAUUCGAUCUAGUCGAUCUAAAGAACUACGCCCCCAUGUGGUGACUGUAUGUAGCUGUGACAUAGGUCUGUGACUCUUGUUCCAAUUUAACCAUGUUGAACCCUCAGGUUUGUGGAAGUCGACGAUGGAGCAUUUCAGGGAAAUGCUGAGCUGUAAAUCUUCCAUCACUUUUUUUUUUAUUUAUCCUUUACACACUGUCUGAAUAUGUUUUUCAUUGUGAACAAAAUAAAAUCUAAACAUGA